ACCACUUAAUAACAUGAAAAUGUCAGAAUCAUCUAGAUAUUCUCUGGUACAAAUACCAGCUUUAUAUUAAGUAACUCUGAGACUCAAAGCUACAGUUGACAUCCUUAUCCUUAUCCUGUGCUGUGGAGUAUAUCACGCUCAUGUGACUGGUUGAUAAUACAUCUGCUGCACUUAUCAGUGGAACUUUUUCGCCUUUAUCAACCUUUGUGGCAUCAAGCAUUUCGCUUCUGAUUUCAACUUCCAAUCAAGAUGACAAGCGAUGACCAGUUCUUCUUCGAUUAUCUUGCGUCGAUUCCCCAUGACGUAAGAAGAUACUCGCUCGAGGUCGCAGAUUCUAUCGACCGGCAAGUCGAUCACGUCGCGACAGUGAUUCGUGAUACACUCUCGCAUCAGUCAUGGCUCCCUCCUGCGAUCCGACCUUCUCCCAAGACAUAUCCAAGCUUCCAUGCGGCGCGGUCGCAGUCUUUCACUGAUCGCGCGUAUGACUGGAUGAUCCGAAAUCGAGCAUGGAGCGCUGCUUUAAUCGCAUUUAUUGGGACAACCAGCGUCCUGUACUUUGGGAGCAGCAAGCUACAUGGACGCCGGCGGAAGGCAAGAAGGGCUGGAAAUGGUGCUCGAAAGGAGAUAGUUGUUGUCGCCGGGUCUCCCCAUGAACCUAUGACCAGAGCGAUCGCCACUGAUUUGGAGCGUCGAGGCUAUAUUGUGUUUAUUACUGUCACGUCAGCUCAAGAGGAACAGCUGGUUCGGUCGGAAAAUCGAAUGGAUAUUAGAGCCCUUUGGCUUGAUCUCACAGCAACCCCUUCGCCUUCCGAGAUUCAUCCCUCUCUGCGUGACAUACAUUCCCUCAUUACACAGCCGCAAUGGCCGAUGCCUGGCGUACCUCCCCAUACCUGCCAGCUAAGCGGUAUUAUCCUGGUCCCAUCUCCUAAUUAUACAACUGGCCCGGUGGCCACUAUUCCACCAUCAGCCUGGGCCGAUACCAUCAAUACUCGACUCCUUUCUCCUAUACUAACCACUCAGAUCUUCCUCCCUCUUCUGACACUUCGCAACACGAAUAGCACCAUCCUCGUCCUCUACCCCUCUAUAUCGUCGUCGCUUUCAGCACCAUUUGCUGGUCCUGAAGUCACUACUGCCCGCGCUUUGUCAGGGUUCGCGACGUCUCUACGGACGGAGCUGCGGCUCUUGCAGCAUAAGAACAUUGAUGUUGUGGAGUUGAAGCUUGGCAACAUCGACCUCGGCCCCCAGUUCCGUGAUGCGCAGAGUCAUGUCACUGGGACCGAGGUCCUCGCAUGGAGCGCACAGCAACGGUCUCUCUAUGGGCCGCAGUACCUUUCGAGCAUUGAGCAGCGGCCUGUGGCAUCUGCAGGACCCAGUACGGUGCGAGGCUCACCUGCCAGAACGCUGCACUAUGCGGUGUUGGAUGCGCUGGAGCCAGCAUCAAAAGAUAUUUUUGGAAGAAAAAUUCCCAAGAAGCGGGUCAUAUACGCUGGAAGAGGCGCGAGGUCUUACAGCAUUAUUGGCGAGUGGGUUCCCGCCGGCCUGGUAGGAUGGAUGAUGGGCCUCCGAGGUGGCCACCCUACCACGUCGGACAGUGCCAGCAAUAGCAGCAGUGAGACUGGCUGGGAAAAAGUCAAUGAGGCGCGAUAAUAAUUCUGCCUAUUUUUUGGUUAUAAUUUGGAUACUGACCCCCGCUGACAUGCCUUGAUUUGUCAAAUCCCAUCUCCUCUCUAUUCUGGACGCAACGGAUAUCUCAUGAGAAGAAUACUCAAUUGCAUAUCAACUAGUAUUGGAUCGCAGCGUGCA